UGUGGCAGCGAAGAAGCAUCAUGGCGGCGAUAUGGGUAGCGUGGGCGCUGGCCGUGACGUGGGCGGCGGGGGCAAGGGCGGUGCCCCUCCCCCAGACAGGACCCCAGGAUGCACCACCGGAAGGACCCCAGCAAGAAGCGGAUCCGACGCAGGCUUCCGCCGCCGGGCCGAGCACCUUGAGCAGCCCGCCGGGAGGCGCAGCCAGGCCUCCGGCGGGGCGUCUCCUCCCCAUGGCCCUUGGGAAACCCGUGGAUGUGGUGCGGCUGGUCCACCCGACCCUGGCCCAGGGCGUGGCGUCUUUGGAGGAGCUGGGCUUCUCCGGGCAGAGCCCAGGGCCUGACCAGGAGGACCACUUCGGCAUCGGCUCGACCCAGGGUCUCGGCGGCUUCGGCGGAGAGCCCUUCGGCAGCGGCGAGUUCGGCGGCGCAGGGGGCUUCGGCAGCGGCGAGUUCGGCGGCGCAGGGGGCUUCGGCAGCGGCGAGUUCAGAGGAGCAGGAGGCUUCGGCAGCGGGGAGGUGUUCGGCGCGGGAGGUUUCCCGUCCAACGGCUUCCAAAAUUUCGGAUUCAAUCAUCCCGGUUUCCAUAAUGGCUUCGCUGGCAGUCUGGGCUUUGGCGAUCCGGCCUUUGUCACCGGAGGAGCGCCUGGCUUCGCGCAGGCCGGGGCGUUCGGCUUUCCGCACUUUGGGGGAGGACAUUUCAAUGGGUUUAACGGCGGCUUGAAUGGCCGGCCCUUCUCGCUGUCGACCGGCGGCUUCAACCCCGCCGUCGUGUCCCAGCCAACGCGCGUCAUUGUGCAGACAGUGCCGGUGGUGGUCGACAUCGUGAACCGCACUCACGGAUCCCUUAUUCCGCACUCUCAGGCGCCGCCGAGUGCCUUCGCGGCGCCUCCUCUCCAGGGAAGGACCAACUUUGGAGAAGGGUUUUUCAGUCCCGGCUUUGGGGGCUUCCAGCAGCAGGUCAAUAAUGUCGACCCCUUUACACUCCCCUCUCCCUUCGGCUCCCACCUGGAGGAAGCGGUUGUGCAAGGAAAUCCGGAGAACUCUAGGCCUGGCGCAGGAGCAGACACAUCUCAAGGAAGUUCCUCAAACUCCAUGGCGGAUCUGAUCGGUAUGCCAGUAAGUGUUGUCGCUACAGUGAACCGCAAAGGAGCAGCCCUUGUGGACGAAAUCUCUGAACAAAAUGGCGCUCUGAGUGGUGGUCCUCAAGACCAGGCAGAUCAGUCCCCACAAGUGCCUCAGUUGCCAGCAGGGAAUGCAGCCGCUGCCCUCGUCCCAUCAGCUAACGCUCUAGGCGAGGCGAGUCUCGACGCUUCGGCUACACUCUCAGCGUCGACGGCCACAGCCUCGCUGGAUCAGCCAAAGGAUUCGAUUUCGCUGGGCCAGUCAGUCUCCGUCGCUGCUGCGGCACAAGAGUCUAGCGUCAAUCCCAUAAGUGGCGAUGUCCCUCAAGACCAGACGGACGCCCUAGCCUCUGCUAGUGGAAGUGGAAAGUCCCUGGACGCUGCUGGAAGCUCAGAUCUCAACACGGUGAACGAAAGCUUGUCUGAGGACAUCCUGCCUGUUCCGGCUGCUCUGUCGACUUUUGCCGCCUUGGGAACCCCGCCCAUUUUCAGGGGAGACACUAACAAAAGCCUUCAGGCCUUAAAGGAGAAGCUGACAGGUAAAGGUGCCGCUACAGGAUCCCCAUCAGCAGAUCCUGAGGCAAUAACCCUCCAGGAACAAACGGAUAACUCUCACCUUUCAGGGUCCUCGGGAAAUCCUGGGCAAGAUUCAGGUCAAGUGUUGACAGAACAAACUCUUCCUGCUAUGAUGGAGCUUAAGGUCAUACCAAUGGGUGUGGUAGCUUCUUCGGGCCACGGUGCCGGUGUAGACAAUAUUGCUUCGGCAGUGACAUCACCUGGCAUUGUUAAGGCAGAAGUUAGACCUCUCAGUAUAAACACUCCAACUUCUUCAUUGACAGGAAGUGUGCCAGAAAAGAUGAGCGUCACCCAAAUGCUUGCACAGCAAGUCAAGCAGGCCAUGUCUGAGUUACUUCAGGCAUCGCCAGUCGCCUCAGGUGGCCUCUCAGGUCCUGCAGUGGGAGACGCAAUCGUGCAGAAUCCUUCAGCUGCCGUUGCCAUCAGCAAAAUUGGUAUUCUAGAUACCCAGGACACAUCGCUGAGUUCAGUUGGCGAGCAAACGCACAUUUCGACUAACCCUGGAGAGGGGAAAUCUCUGAGCCAGAGUGCGAGGCCUACACACCUUCCUGUAGCCCCUGGAGGAUCCACUGAUGCCUCUGUUCAGGGUCUCCUCGAAAAUGUUGACACCGCUGCGAUAGGGGUGUUGGGGUCUGCCGCAGUUGACUUGGCAAUGGCGCAUGGAGAGCCGUCUGCUACAGUGCAAAUUCAGGAGGCGCCCACUUCAACCGAUGCCCAAGCUCCUCACACUUCCACCAGUGCCACAGUCGCUCAAACUACCAGUGACGUGACAUCAACAGUAACUCUUAAUCUGGAGGCGCUGGCUCGCCCCGGCCUCGCAAUUGCUCAUGGGCAGCCUGUGCUUACAGGGGCCAGUGUAAAUCCAAGAGGGAACCAAGGUAUUGCUCAGGGACAGGACUUUCCUGCCAUGGGCACCUCAACCACAGCAGGCCUGUCAGUACAAAAUCAAGGCGGUUCAGAUAAAACUUCUGGUCCUGCAUUGUCAGGAAGCAAUGCAGAUACUGCUACAGUAGUAGAACAGUCACCGUUACCAGCAAGCAAUAUAGCACCAGACACGAAGAGACUUCAUGAAAUACCUGCUUUGAACAUUGCUGGUGUUGUUUCCUCGGCAGCUGCUUCAGAUACUACAGCAUCAGGUUUAUCAAAUAUUGCUGCCAGUCAAGGUCCCACCAGUAAGCAGGCUGGCGACGAGAUAGGACCAGUGGCCACUUCAAGAAUUGGAUUAGCUCCUGUUGUAGCUUCCUUUGCUACAGGAGAAGCCAUCAACACUUCAUCCACCACUGCCACAUUGGCAGCACCCUUGGUACUGAACAGUGGACCCCAUUCCUUCCCAAAAGACAUGCAGAUUGGCAAAAGUGUGGCAGUGCCCAAUCCCACCACACAUAUUCCUGUCACCACCACGCAGAAGGCUCCAUCAUCUCCCUCCUCUGCAAUUAAGAUUACUAACUUCAGCACAUGUGGAACCCUUUCCACCACAGCUACGACCUCCACCAGUACACCUCCUGCUCAUGUCACAGAUGCUGCAGUUGAGACACAGACAUCUGCAUCUGCUUCUUCUCAACUGUUCCCUGACCAAAGCACAUCCCGGCCCGUCCUCCCCGCUGUUUCGCCCUCCCUUCAUACAGGUAGUGAACAACUAGUUGCCAAAACUGCCAUUGGGAAAUCAGUUUUAAGCUCAGCAGUUGGGACAAGUGCAUCCUUAGGAUCUAGAUUGGCUAGCGGGAUAGAAAGAUCAAAAACAGUGGAACCGCAUGUAACAACUGGAUCUAUUGGAAACACAGCAACAAGAACAUCAACUGGAUCUACAGUUAACACAGAAACAAGUGUGGUAGAAGGAUCCCUUGGAAAGAUAGGGCAGGUAAACCCUAAUGAAUCUAAUCUACCAGUGCAGAAUACUUUACAAAUACAGACAGUGGCACCUGACAUAAAGACACAGGCAAAUUCAGUCCAGCAGCAGACACAAGAUGUGCAUGCAACUGCUUCAGUGACUGGACAAGCAAGCAAAGUGAUUCCUGGUAUCGUGCUGGCUCUACCAUUUAGCUCUUUCUUUUCGUCUUCAGCAUUUCAGGCAGCCUCAGGAAACCCCAACUCAGCCAUUGGCAGCCAGUCAUCCACGGGUAAUUUCCUAGAAAACUUUUCUAUUACUUCUGAUCCUAAUCAGUUUGUCCAACUGCUCAGGAAUUUUCAUCUUGCCCAGACAUCGUCUGGUGGAGAAGGAAAGUCAGUAGAGGCAAGCUUUGUCAAGAGCCUCCCUGCAUCAACUACAGCAACCUCUCAUGGACAAACUGUUGUAAGUGCCAAUACUCAGACUACACCAUCCCUUGCUACAUCAGUUCCUGUAACACCGAUCCCUGUUACAUCAGCUCCUGUAUCCCCAGUGCCUGUCGCAUCAGCCCCUGUAACACCAGUGCCUGUUGCAUUAGCCCCUGUAACACCAGUGCCUGUCGCAUCAGCCCCUGUAACACCAGUGCCUGUCGCAUCAGCCCCUGCAACACCAGUCCCUGUUGCAUUAGCCCCUGUAACCCAAGUUCCUAGUACAUCAUCUGCUCCACAACCCCCCUCUCCAUCUGUGAGUACAAGCAGACCCAGAGUGGUGUCUGUUAUAUCCCCUUCAGGAUCAAUCACAUUCCUGUCUGAAGACCAGGCCAGACUAACCACUUCACUGGGCUUUGGCGUGCCCCUCCAAGCUGCCUCAGGAAAUGCAUCAACAGCCACUGGGCUGAAAAGUAUACAGGAACCUCCACUCACAAAGCCAGGAAAUACACUGAAGAGAGAAUUGUCACCAAUACCUCCUGUCAGAACUUAAAUUUGACUUUUCUCUAUGGGACACUGAUUUUCAGUGUUUAAACUUUAAAGAAAUGUUUGAAAAUAUGCAUUGUAGAAAAAAAUCCUUGACCUUGCUAUGUAGCUUGUAUGCAUGGUUGUAUAUCCUGUGAAUGUCAAUGUUUAUCACUUGUAUCUGUAUAUUUAUGCUUCAGCUGGGUAUUCUUAACUAGAGUUUACUUUCUGCAAUACAUCUAAGCAAUGCCUUCUUGUAAGUUAUUUAAGAUUAAUAUAUAUAUAUUUAUAUAUAAGCUGUGUGUUACAUUCAACAGAUUUAGUUGAAUUUUAUAAUAAAUAUCAUAUGUAUG